AUGGCGUCAAAUCUCCCCGCACAGCCUAACCUCCGGGUCACGAUUAUCGCGGCUGAUGGUCUGUACAAACGCGAUGUCUUCCGAUUCCCCGAUCCAUUCGCCGUGGCUACUGUUGGAGGAGAACAAACACAUACAACCUCCGUCAUCAAGAAAACUCUGAAUCCUUACUGGAACGAGCCAUUCGACUUGAGAGUCAACGAGGACAGCAUUCUGGCGAUCCAAAUCUUCGACCAGAAAAAAUUCAAGAAGAAGGAUCAGGGUUUCCUUGGAGUUAUCAAUGUUCGGAUUGGCGAUGUCAUUGAUCUAUCGAUGGGUGCUAGUGAUGAGAUGCUUACCCGGGACUUGAAAAAGUCGAAUGACAACUUGGUAGUUCACGGCAAAUUGAUCAUCAAUUUGUCUUCUAACCUUAGUGCCCCGCAUCCGAACCAGAAUGGCGCCCAGCGUCAACAGCCCCAGACGUCCACCUCAAGUGGACUUGUGCCCCAGGUUGCGGCGUCGACUCCACAGUCACAAUUAGGCCCCGGAAAUGCUGAUGUGUCCCCCGCUGCGGCAUCAAGUUCCUCGCUCAACCAGCGCAACGCGUUGACUGCUCCCCCGACUGGCCCCCCCCCUCCUUUGAACGGUGCUCCCACCAACCCGCCUGGACCGGGCGCCCCAUCGCGCGCCAACCUCAGCUCCUUCGAGGAUAGCCAGGGCCGACUCCCUGCAGGCUGGGAAAGGCGAGAGGAUAACCUGGGACGGACUUAUUACGUGGACCAUAACACGCGAACAACGACCUGGUCAAGACCAGCGGCCAACUACAAUGAGCAAACUCAGCGUACGCAACGUGAAGCCAACAUGCAGCUCGAACGUCGCGCCCAUCAGAGUCGAAUGCUUCCUGAAGACCGAACUGGCGCAAACUCGCCCAACCUGCCAGAUGCCCAGCAAAUACCUACGCCGCCUCCUGGGCCCAAUGCAGGUACCUCCGUCGCAAGUGGAGCCCCAGUCGGCUCCACGGCUGCUGCGGUUUCUAUGAUGGCGACGGGAGCCACCACUGCAGGCACAGGGGAGCUUCCGCCAGGCUGGGAAAGACGGGUGACACCGGAGGGACGGCCCUACUUUGUGGACCACAACACCCGCACGACAACAUGGGUUGAUCCUCGUCGGCAGCAGUAUAUCCGCAUGUAUGGACAAGGUCAGACUACUGGAGGCGCCAACAACACCACUAUCCAGCAACAGCCCGUAUCCCAAUUGGGCCCCCUUCCCAGCGGCUGGGAAAUGCGUCUCACGAACACUGCCCGGGUAUAUUUCGUUGAUCACAAUACAAAGACGACCACAUGGGAUGAUCCUCGUCUGCCUUCGUCACUGGAUCAGGGUGUGCCGCAGUAUAAGCGUGACUUCCGGCGCAAGCUGAUCUACUUCCGCUCUCAACCCGCGCUGCGCAUCAUGUCUGGGCAGUGCCAUGUCAAGGUCCGUCGUAACAACAUCUUUGAGGAUUCGUACGCAGAGAUUAUGCGACAGAGCGCGUCCGAUCUUAAGAAGCGCUUAAUGAUCAAGUUCGACGGCGAAGAUGGUCUCGAUUAUGGUGGUCUUUCACGUGAAUUCUUUUUCCUCCUCUCCCACGAAAUGUUCAAUCCUUUCUACUGUCUCUUCGAAUACUCCGCCCACGAUAAUUAUACCUUGCAGAUUAAUCCCCACUCGGGCGUGAACCCCGAGCAUCUCAAUUACUUCAAAUUCAUCGGCCGAGUGGUUGGUCUGGCUAUCUUCCAUCGUCGUUUCCUGGAUUCCUUCUUCAUUGGAGCUUUCUACAAGAUGAUGUUGCGGAAGAAGGUCACUCUUCAAGACAUGGAGGGUGUGGAUGAAGAUUUACACCGUAACUUGGCAUGGACACUGGAUAAUGACAUUGAAGGAAUUGUGGAACUUACAUUUUCGGUUGAUGAUGAGAAGUUUGGCGAGCGUAGCACUAUGGAUUUGAUACCCGGUGGUCGGGAUAUAGCCGUCACCAAUGAGAACAAGCCGCGAUACAUCGAGUUGGUUACCGAAUGGAAAAUUAUGAAGCGAGUUGAGGAGCAGUUCAACGCUUUCAUGUCCGGCUUCAAUGAGCUGAUUCCACCUGAUCUUGUCAACGUCUUCGACGAGCGCGAACUCGAGCUGCUCAUCGGUGGUAUUGCCGACAUCGACGUCGACGACUGGAAGAAGCACACCGACUACCGCGGCUACCAGGAGCAAGACGAGGUCAUCCAGAACUUCUGGAAAAUUGUCCGCACUUGGGAUGCUGAGCAGAAGUCGCGUCUUCUUCAGUUCACCACUGGUACCUCGCGUAUUCCCGUCAACGGAUUCAAGGAUCUUCAGGGCUCCGACGGUCCCAGACGCUUCACUAUCGAGAAGUCUGGUGAUCCUCAGGCGCUGCCAAAGUCACAUACUUGCUUCAACCGUCUUGAUCUCCCUCCUUACAAGACGCACGAGGCUCUCGAGCACAAAAUGUCUAUUGCGGUGGAGGAAACGCUUGGCUUUGGACAGGAAUAG